UUUACAUAACAGGGUAAAUAUUAGCAGAAUGUAAGUAUAGCUUUGAUUUUACCAUUUUACCAUAUUGCAGACUUGUCGGAAGUCUGUGGAAGAAGUGAAUGAUUUUCAUAGGAUUUCCAAAAUGGGACAUAAAGUAAUCGCCAUAUUCUUCACCUUAAUAUGUGCACCAGGUCUUUUUGCAAUGUUCCUGAUUCCAUCAAAAAACCCUGUGGCUGUUGGGACCAGUGUAACUAUACGUGCGAAUGACACUGGGAUCAUAACAAUUGGUGCCUGGUUAUAUGGACCUAGUGCAUUGUUCAUAUGGUACCCAGGGGGCAUUUUACCGGGAACUAGCCUCAAAAAUGGAACAGCAUUUGACAAUUCUACAUAUCAGCUCACCUUAUCGUCAGUAACGCUGAUGAGUUCUGGCCUGUAUGUAUUAGAAUCCUUAGAGCCGAUCAAAACACGAGCUGAGAUAACCUUAGAUGUUCAGGAACCUGUCGGUAAUGUAGCCGCAUUUGUAAGCAUGACAAACCUGGUGGAGUUUAACGACAACGUGACCUUCACCUGCACCGCCGUCAGCGGAAACCCGCUGUGGUUUUCAUGGCGCAACGGAAGCUCUACCGUCACAGCGGGAGGAAGAGUUGACCUCAGGAACGGUGGACGAGAGCUCUUCAUCAAUGGUGUGAUGCGCUACGACGAAGGACCGUUCAAGUGUCUUGUGGAAAACAACAUCAGCAAAGCAGAGUCUAAUCAAAUGAAUCUAAACAUAAGCUAUGGGCCCAGUAACAUGGCAGUGACAGCCUCGCCAGAGAAAGCGGCAUAUAUUUCUGGUUCAGACAUUUUUCUGUCAUGUUCUGCUGACUCUAAACCGGCAGCUUCUUUCUACUGGAUGUACAACGGCAAUAACCUAAAUGUCUCUGGUUCAAGUUAUAACCUUAGAAACACAACUUCUAACAGGAGUGGCCAGUACACUUGUGUUGCCAAAAAUGCAGUCACGCUCCGUUCUGUUGCAGUGAUAAAACAAAUUAAAAUAGUUGAUCCAAUAUUGUCAGUGACAGUGAAUCCAGCGGGCUCCCCAGUAGAAGGCAAUGUUUUUAAUCUAAGCUGUAAUGUUGUGGGGCCAGUGGACUCCAUUCUUUGGAUGAAGAAUGGAAUAUCCCUGGGUGCCGAUGAUACGAUCACUUUCUUCAAUAAAAACACAAUCUUGAGCUUUUAUCGUCUCGGUCUUCGUUAUGACGGACUGUACACGUGUGCUGCUAGUAAUGCAGUCAGCAACAUGACCAGUGGGGCCUACAAUCUUAUGGUCAACUAUGGCCCAAACAACACCGCAGCCUCUGGUCCAAAUAUAGCAGAAGUGGGAUCCAGCGUGACCUUCAGCUGUUCCUCAGUCUCUCGUCCUCAAAGUCAAUACAGCUGGUAUUUCAAUGGCUUAAAUGUGAAAAAUGCUUCAGUGUAUGUGACUGCGCCUCUCUCAAAAACCGGCAGCGGAGAGUACACCUGCAUGGCCUUCAAUAGCAUAACAGGCAGAAGCAGCAGUUCCUCCGUGACAUUAGCUGUAUAUGUUCCUGUCAGCAAUGUUACGGUGAAUGGGAACAAUCGGCAACCAAUCUUCAAUCAGCCAUUCACACUAACCUGCACUGCCAGUGGAGAUGUUCAAAACAUUCAGUGGAUGAAGAACGGCACAAAAAUAAACAGCGACAACAGGAUCAGUUUCACCGCUAACAACUCGGUUUUGAACUUUAACCCACUCACUCUAAGUGAUAAUGGGCUGUAUCAAUGUCUAGCUAGUAAUGCUGUCAACAACAUGACCAGUGCGGCCUAUAACCUCCAGGUCUUCUAUGGUCCUAGGGACACAACCAUCUCUGGACCAACUGUAGGAGCUAUUGGACGUAAUGUCACCUUCAGCUGUUCUGCUAAUUCUAACCCACCAAGUCGAUACAGUUGGUUUUUAAACAGCACAAAGGUGGGAGAGGGUCCAGUGUUAACCAGAGCUCUCUCUCUGGAUAGUGGUGGACUCUACACAUGCAUGGCCUCCAAUGAUAUCACAGGCAGCAUCAGCAAUGUAACACUGAAGUUAACUUUACUAUAUCCAGUCAGCAAUGUGAUUGUAAAUGCGGUCAACCAGCCACCAGUAUUCAGUCAGCCAUUUACUCUAACCUGCACUGCCUCAGGAGAUGUUCAAAACAUUCAGUGGAUGAAGAACAACAUGUUCCUUCUUCCUCGCACUGGAAUCACUUUCUCCACUGACAACUCGACAUUGAGUUUCCAAAGUCUAAAUCUGAAUGAUGAUGGAUAUUAUCAGUGUGCAGCAAGCAACAACGUCAGCCUCAUGACUAGCCUCGUUUAUGACCUGAAAGUCAACUAUGGUCCAUGGAACACGACAGUUGUUGGCCCAAGCAUGGGAGAGAUGGGGUCCAGUGUGACUUUCAGCUGUUCUGCAACCUCUCGUCCUAGUCAGUAUAGCUGGUUCUACAAUAAUUCAAAGGUAGGAGAUGGUCCAGUGUUUGUGAAUGCAGCUCUCUCACUGGCGAGUAGUGGACGCUACACCUGCAUGGCCUUCAAUAACAUCACAGGCAGCAGCAGCAAUGCAUCACUGGAGUUCACUGUAAUAGAAGCCAUUGUGAGAGUGGACAUCACCUCCAAUAAACCCAUUCCUCUGGCUUCCCAAAGCCUGCAACUCACCUGUAACGUGACGGGAGCCUACAACAGAGUCCUCUGGCUUCGAAACAACCAGUAUAUCCAGCCAUCAAACAGAGUCACGUUUUCCGCAGAUAACACCACCGUGACUUUCAAAGCCUUGCAGACUGCUGAUGACGGGAGAUACCAGUGCGUCGCUUCGAACGCAGUGAGACCGCAUUUCAGUCAGCCAUACGAUCUUGCGGUCGUCUUUGGACCAGAGAGUGUGACGAUCUUUGUGCGCCCUGGGAUUCCCCCUGCCCUGACAUGUCAAGCAGUGUCUCAGCCACCAGCUGUUUAUAAAUGGAUCCUCGAAAACAAUGUAGUAGUUGGAAAUCAUUCUUCCAUAUUGCUUCCCAUAAACUCUAUCUUUGGCAGCAAUUACACCUGUGUGGCCAAAAACCCACUGACCAAUGUGACACUCUACAUGAGCCACAUCCUCAAUUAUCCUGACGCAGCUGUCAGUGUCCAGGCGAGUGUGAUGUUGACGGCUCUGUUUGUUCUGCUGAUCCCAGUGCUGGAUGAAUGGCUCUAAUACUGAUAUUUCUGUGAACAUGCCAUCUGUCUUUGAGGCCAGAAUGAGACUUGUGGGUACAUUUAUCACUUAAAAGCAGCAAGAAAAAAAUCGCACUGGCAACAUCAUUCAGCCCAGAUUAGUGGAGCUGCUUCUUAAUUUUAAAACAUAUUUAAACAUCAUGUAAAGACAGGUAUGAAAAAUUAUUAACCAAACAUGCUUAUGGCAAGUACAAAGUAAAAAAAAUAAAAAUAGGAUUACAUCUUAACAGUCAUACAUUUUAAUGAAUCAUACUUUAUCACUCGCCUAUAUGUUUAUCUUCUAAAACCUAUAUCUUUCGUACAUUUAUUACUAUCAUUAAUUGGACAGUAAUUUAAGACAUGGAUGCUAUACUAUAAUUAAAUCUGCUGAAAUGAAUAAACUCUGGAUUAUUUUCUCACUUUUAGCUCUGGUUUUAAGUUUCUAUUACUAAUAUACACCAAAUUCAGGCAAAGAAUACCCGAAUGACCAAUUAUCCAAAUUACCUGUUUGCAUCCGAAAUGUGUAU